GGCCGCUGUUAUUUAGCAAGUACCUGAUACGACAACGACCCCUUCAGCGCCAGUGUGACUGUGAGUGUAUCAGACCUGGCUGAAAGAUGCUCAGUUUUACAGUGUCUGCACCUGGUAAGAUCAUUCUUCAUGGUGAACAUGCAGUUGUGUAUGGAAAGCCAGCCUUAGCUACUUCUUUAAACUUGAGAACAACUAUACAUCUCAGUGGGAAUGAUGGUAGCAUCUUUAUAUUGUGCUUACCCAGUAUCGAUAUAAACAAGGCAUGGGAAGUUACAGAUCUUGAACUUCUAUAUUCUACAAUACAAGAAGGCAAUGGCAGUAUUCCAUCAUCUCCCGAUACAGCGACGUUGUCACGGCUGCGACAGUUUACAGAUGCCGAGGAUGGUAAUGCUAAGGACCUUGCCAUCAUUGUCUUUCUCUACCUUCAUUCACAGAUCAUUGGUUCACGGGGAAGCCUUGCUGCGCUGCGUGUGGUUGUGGGCUCGGACCUUCCCGUCGGCGCAGGGCUAGGCUCUUCUGCAGCAUACAGCGUAUCUCUUGCAGCAGUGCUGCUUGUACUGGCUGGACAAAUUAGACAGAUUCCUAACAGCUGGACACGUGAGGAGCUAGGCCUGGUCAAUAGCUGGGCAUUUGAGGCCGAGCGCAUCAUACAUGGAAAUCCUUCAGGAGUUGACAAUGCUGUUAGCACCUAUGGCGGCCUUAUAUUGUACCGGAAAGGGGAAGCACUGAAGCCAGCUAGAGGUAAUUCUCUUCAAGUUGUAAUUGUGAACUCACAUGUACCUCGCAGCACAAAGCGUCUGGUAGAAAAAGUGAAGGAGAGGCUUGAUAAGUAUCCAGAAAUCAUUAGACCCAUGCUGGAGUCAAUGGAAGCACUUGUUGUGAAAGCUUUAGACACCAUGCAGGGAUUUGAAAACAGUGACGCAAAUGUCUGCUAUGAUAUACUCGAGGAGUUGAUUGAUAUCAACCAGAGUCAGCUCAAUGUCUUGGGAGUGGGACACCUGUCGUUGGAACAUAUAUGCUUGCUAUGUCAGCAGAAUGAUUUCCACUGUAAGCUGACUGGUGCAGGAGGUGGUGGAUGUGCAUUUGUGCUAAUUAGGCCAGAUGCAUCUAAAGAGAAGGUAAAGACGUUAAUAAAGAGUAUAGAAGAGGCAGGAUAUAUGAGUUGGCUGACUAGCAUAGGUGGUAGCGGUGUGACCUUGCAUGAAUCUAUGCCGCUUUCUUCAUGAUUACACGUUGCUUUGCACAACUUGAUAAGUAGUGAGACGUGCCUCCUGAUAUUCUUCAUUACAAAGUAUGUUAUGAACACAUAUAUUGUACAUGUGCACGAAUGUGUCUACACAUAAUUAUAAUUUUACAUAUUCUAAGUUGUCAUAAACUGAUAUACUUCUUGUAGAUUGUGAUGGCUCAAGAAUCUGUAUUUAAUAUUAUAAAGUGUAAUAAAUGUAAUAUAUUUAUGAUAUUAAAGUGUAUACUAUAGUGCAUGGGAAAAAUUAAUGCCCGUUACAUAUAAAAUAAAAAUCAUUUAACUAUUCUUGGUGCUACUGUCUAUCAUUUGCCAUUAUGUUAAUGUACAAUCAAGAAAUUUAAUCCAAUGAAACAUUAAAAAGUGAGAUGUGAAAUGA